GCUUUUAUCUGUAAAUAUAAAAAAAUCUAAGUUCACUUCCUCUCUCUGUCUGUCUGUCUCUCUUUCUCUCGCUCUGUCACCGUUCUUCUCACCUUCAAUGCUGCUUUGCGUUCACCGAAAUCUGCGCCGUUCACUUGGAGAAGUAAUACUUUACAUUUACCAGAUUUAGGGCUAUCAGAUUAACUUUCAGAGCUUCAGAAGCUAACACCGAAGUAUCUUCUGACCGAAAAAGAUGUUAUUUUAGAGAGUAAGGAAUACAUAGCUACUUGCUGUGGUUUCUUCGCCUGAACUGAGAGUCUGCGCACCGGUUGGCAUUGGGAGAAAAGAUGGACGAGGAAAUGGAGGAUAUCCUUGAAUUUGUGGUUGUCGAAAUCGAUCUUGAUUACGAGUUUGAUGCUUCUCGGUACUUCGAUUUUAGUCGGGAUGAAACGCUUGAGGAGACCCGGCAAGCAGAGCUGUGGUUCGAAACUGCUGGGAGUUAUCCACCAUCUCCUUUUAUAGCAAAGUUGAAUUUGACUGAGGAUAUCCUUGCGGAGAAUGUAAACACCUCUCCAAAGUCUAAGCUGGAGGGAAAUACAAAUACUGUGACUAGUGGCUCAAAUAUUGGUACAGGUUCAGAAUUUUAUGAAUGUAAUGAAGAUACUACAGAUCAUGAAUGCAUGAAUAGGGGAGUUGUCAUCAACUUGCCAAUUGGGGAUUCACAAAAUGCUCAAGAUGAACAACAAGGAUUGUCAUUUUUUGAUCACAUGGCUAAAGAUAUUUCAAAAGCAAAAACGAAACCUCCUCUCAAGACUGCCUUACCCAGGGCCUCAACUUUGAUGAAACCUACAGCAAGUCAUCUGGCCAAGCAAAAUCAACCACGAGAAGUUGGUGGUAGCCGAUUUUUGAAAAGGUCUUCAAAGCCUAUGGUUAAAUAUAGUGAUAAAAGCUUAGAGAAUUAUUCUGUGAUUGAAAGUCAAGCUGCAAAAAGACAAAAACUUGAGGGAGGUCAUUUAAACAAGAUCACUGAAAUCAAGCAGCAAACUAAUUUAAUACACAAAGCACCUAAAAAGUCUGUCAUCCAGGAUGGGCUUUCUGAUUGCAAUGUGACACAUGGUAGACUGAAGCUCACUAUUCCACGAGAGCCUGAGCUUGAAACAGCUCAGAGGGCACAAAGGAUAAGGCGCAAAAACAGUACAAUGUUGGGAGAAAAUGUGAAGCCAAUGGAACAUACAUUUAAAGCACGCCCUUUGAACAGAAAGAUUCUUGAGGCUCCUUCCUUAUUGUCCCAUCAAAAGAGCAUGCCACAUUUACCUGAGUUUCAAGAGUUUCAUUUAAAGACAUCAGAAAGGGCAGCUCGAUUUUCUUCUGCUGCUUCAUCCUCACUUCCUUUCAACAAAUCUACUCAGGUGUUGCAUAAGCUUAACACUUGUUCCAUCAUGCAAAAUGACACCACUGACUCUAAAAGUUCUGUUGAUGUUGCCAGACCGGUUCCUGUGGGUGCCCCCAAAGAGGAACAUGAAUUGAUGAUCAAUUUUAAAGCUCGACCUCUUAAUAAGAAGAUAUUUUCAAGUAAAGGAGAAAUGGGUAUCUUUAGGAAUAAUAAGAGGGAGGCUACAGUACCCAUGGAAUUCAAUUUUUCAACCACCAAGAGGUUUCAGCAUCAUCCCCCAAUUGAACUAUUUAGUAAGCUGUCCCUGGCAUCUGAGUUGCAACAGAAUACUGUAGCGCAGCAGAAGUUACCUCAGUUUACUUCAUUACCAACCAAGGUUUUCGUUAAUAAACAAGAACAGGCUGGAAUCUUUCCAGAAAGAAUAUGGGGUGUCACAUGUAAGCAAAGAGAAAUCACAGUGGUUGGUGGGAAAGCAGAUUCAGUUUGGAGCUAGCAGGGAGAUAUCUGAAAUUGGACUUCAAUUCAACAUGAGCAGGAGUUUGGGCAUCCGGUGAGGGUAAAGAAGACACUUUCUUAAAUGAUAUCCUGCAACAGACCAGGUUUCAGAGUUUAAGCUUUUUCCAUGCAUACCAGUGGAUAUUGACGUGUUCCUGGUUUUAACAAUGUGGAGGUUUUCCUGUUGUCUGUUAUAGGGGCCUUGAUGGUUUUUAAUUUAACUGGGCUUCACAUUGAAUUUUUGUUCUCCUGACUUCCCAAGUUUCAUACAGGUGCAGAAUCUCCUCAGUAAUUUCUUUCCAUAGUUCAAGAAGGAAAUACUAGAGGCAUUGUUCAUUCAGAAAUCAAUAAAAUGAAAAGGGCUAGAUUUGUACAGCUGACAUGGCCUCAAGUCUUUGAACCACAGUAUUUUUUUUCUUUUCUUUUAACGUAUCUUACAACAUAACUGUAAAAUGUCAGAGAAACCACAUGUAAUGGUAACCCUUGAUGUAUAGCUCAUCUUUCUGUAUCAUGAAGUUUUCAAUAUCAACAAAGGUCUUAAAUUGCAGUCUUUUA